GGCAAGGCAAGGCAGUGUGCGGUGGGCGGGAGGGGGAAGAAGACGUGUGUGGCAUUGCUCGCAACACCAAGCAUCACCCUGCCACGCUGGCCUCGCUCUACCCUCGCAGCAAGCCUGCCAGCCAGCCAACCGCACUGAGGAGUCUCGUCAGCCGGGCCGCGUGACCAGCCAGCCAGUCAGACGCCCGGUCAGGAAGUCAGUCAGCGAGGCAGUCACCGUGUCAGCGAGCCCAUCAGCCAGUCACUCAGUCAGUCAAUCAAGCAGUGACACGACCUGGUCCCACCCGCGCUAUUCGGACAGUCAGUCUGUUAGUCACCAAGUCAGUCAGUCAGUCAGUCAGUGUUGCCUUGGAAAGGUGAGAGCGGUGAGAGGGGAAAGCGACCUCUCCCACGGGCCGGGUCGCAUCAUUGCCUGGCGACACCCUCCCCUGUGUGUUAUCUCAGUGAUCCGAGAGGGGCUGGAGGGGUGAGGGGGCUUGGAGGGGUGAGGGUAGUGUGGUGGAGGGGCGUGAUUAGCAGUGUGUGGAGCAAGCAAGCAAGCAAGCAAGGGGUGUGCGUGUGUUAAUUGCCCGUGGUGGUGUGGUGGUGGUAGUGGUACUGAAAGAGGAGGAGGAGGAGGAAGAGUGUCAUGUGUACGUGUUUGUGUGUGAAGGUGGUGAAAUUUAAGAAAAGAUAAUGAAUAAGAUAGUGAAAAGAUCGAGCAUUUUGUUCCCUGCUAAGUAGCGCCAUUGCCACCUCCACCCUCGUCCUCCGGAGCUCAUUGUGUAACACAGUGCAGAGCUGUUGCAAAAAUCAGGUUAAAAAGUUUGAAAAUAAGACUGAGGCAGCAGCAGAAGGGAGAGAGAAAGAGAGAGAAAGAGAUGGAGGGAGCGAGGUUGGGUGUGGAAAAAAUAGUGAUGCUAUGCACGUGUCGCUAAUUAAGGAUAAUUAGAAAAACACGUAAAGUGCUUUGAAAAAAAAUAAAAUAAAAUAAAUGAAUAAAAGUUUUGAGCUUCACCUAGUACGCUUUAAGAUUUAUAGAGGAAAGAAAAAUAGAGGCUGGUACACACGUCGCUAAACAGACCGUUGUGUUGUGUUCGAAUUUGUUGACUUCACGGGAGGCGGUGAAAAAUAAGAGCGGAAGAAAGAAAAAGGAAAGUGAGGAAAAAAAGAAAUACAAAAAGUAUUGGUUUGAAAAAAAAGAUGGGACACUGAAAAAUAAGAAAAAAUAAAACGGCCAAAACAGAUAUACAAAAAAAAAAAAAGCGAAACAAGAGGGAAAAGAAGUGUUAGUACAUUCAAAUAAAGGAUGAAAAGGAGUGUAAAAAUAACAAAACUGAGUUAGAUGCGAAAAGAAAGAAACAGUGAAACAAAGCAGAAAAAAAUAUAUCCAACCAAAAAUAAGGAAAUUAGAUAAAGGUGACAAAGACACACAACAGCGAAACGGGAACAGAAAAAUUGGAGGAAAGAAAUAAAUUGGAAAGCAGUAAGUGAAAAGAGAAACAAAAAAAAUAGGAAGAAAAGAAAGGAAACAGGACGGAAAGAAGAAGUGCGACACCAAGAGAGAGAGAGAGAGAGAGAGAGAGAGAGAGAGAGAGAGAGAGAGAGAGAGAGAGAGAGCAGCAUCGCCACACCUGCCCUAAAAGUAAUUAGCUCUCACCUCCCUCCCCGUCACCGUCAGCGUCAGGAGAGGAGCCACGGCGGGGAUAAGAGAGCGACUCCCUUCCCAUUUCCUCCUCUCUCUCUCCUGCCUUUCCUCCAACAUGGCGGCGGUAUAGAGGAGGUAGCCAUGGCGACGAGUCACCUCUUGCGGCUUCCCCUCCUCCUCCUCCUCCUCUUCCACCUCCUCCACCUCGUCCUCCACGCCUCGUGCACCUCGGCCCAGGUUGGCUCCCACGAGGAUGAUGGCGGCGGCGACGGCGGCGACGAAGGGCGAGGCUGGAGCGGCGGCGUGGCAGCAGGCGGCGAGGACCUUCCCGUGACCAAGACGCGGGUGGUGUAUCCCUUCAGAACUGACCAGUAUGGACACGUUAUCUCUCCCUAUGUGUUCGGCCGCUCGCAGCACCCGCGCCGCCCACGCUCCGUCAGCGGGGCCUCCCAGCACGCCCCUAAGGCCCGCAGAAGAGUGCGUAGGGAGGCAGUCACUGAAGGAGAGACAGAAUAUCCCGGGCAUGGAGACUGGGACAUUGUAGAGAGAGAGGAGAGUGAAGGAGAUGAGGAGACAGUGAUGGAGGAGGUCAAUGGUGAUGAUGAUGGUGGUGGUGAAGGUGAUGGUGAGGAGGACAGUGACGACAAGUUGUUCAUCAUGAUCAACAACGAGGACGAGGAGCUGUUCCUGAACCUGACGGCCAACACCCGCCUGGUGACGCCCUACACCGUCAUCGAGUGGGUGCUGGAGGGCGGCCGGCGGGUGGUGAAAACGGCCUCAGCUUCCUCUGGGAAUUGUUUCUAUACGGGCCGCCUCAACACCACCUCACACUCCCUGGUGGCCGUCAGCAACUGUGACGGCCUGACGGGCUACAUCCAGACCAGUGACGCGGGUUACUUCAUCGAGCCCCUCAAGAGGAAGGGCGUGCCGCAGGGCGAUCCUGACCUGGAAGCCUCGUCACCUGGGCCACAGCCUCACCUCAUCUAUAAGGUGGAGGACGUGACCAGCCGCCUUAACCUGUCCCUACAGCAGGACCAGGAGUUCCAGGCAGGCCGCAAGGAGGACGUGGCCGGCUCGCCCUCUCACACGAUCGAUAUUUCAGUCUCGAAAGAAGGUCAAGCAGAAAAAGAAGCUACCAUCCUUGAAAUAAUUCAAGAAUUAAAUCGGAGACGAAGAAGUUUCUCUCCUUUAGCCUCACGCCGGCCGGAGAAGGCGGAGGCGAAGGAGGAAGGCACUGGAGCGAGGAGAGAGGAAAGUCUUGGCACCAGCAGCAUCAGGAGUAGGGACGCAAGCAGGAGGAGGAGGAGAUGGUCAGGUAGUGUCCCCAAGUUCCUGAGACGGCCCAAGUUUGUCCCGGCAGCCACGGAGCGAAGAGGACGCUCCGCCCACACCCACACGGCGGAAUUCGAUGUCCCGCAAGACUACGCCUCCGCAGACAGGCACAGGACGAGGAGGAAUGAAGCAGGGGAGGGGGAGGAAGCCACGCCUCAGACAAGUGGACCACAGGCCGGGGCAGAGGAAGAGAAGUCGGGGGGUGAGAGGGAAGAGAAUCACGUAGUGAACAUAGAUAACGACGACCCUGGCAAUGAGAGGAGGAAAGGAAAGAAGAGACGAAAGAAAACCGGAAGAAGCAGAGCAUGCAAACCUGUAAGAGGAGGAGGAGGGACAGAAGAAGGAGAUGAGUCGAUAAGUGAGAGAAGCGGCAAUAACCUUACAGAAAGUAACGAAGGCGGAUGCAAAAAAGUGGGUGAGAGAAGACAAAGAAUAAUGGAGGAGAGAGCUAGAAAGAGACAGGAGAAGAGAAGACAGCGAGAGGAGAGAAGGAAGGAAAAAGAGCGGAGAAAGCUGGAAAAUAGGAAAAAGAGGAAACUGGAGAGGAGAAAACGAAGGAGGGAAUGCAUGGAGGCGAAACAAGGAGAUGAGGGAUCCGGGGAAGCGGAAAACUGCGAUGUGGAGGAGGAAGAGAGGAGAGAACGAAGGAACCGCAGGAGGGAAGAAAGGCAAAAAAGACGAAAGGAAAAGCAGCGAAGAAAGAAGAGGAAGAAGAAGAGAAAGAAAACGUCUGGAGAAGAAGAAGAGACGGUGGCAGGAGAGAGCAACAGCCAAAGACAAGUCCCAGAUGUCCCGUUCUCGCCGCCAAUCUCCUCCAGGACCCAGGACCCCUUUGAAGGCCUCACCUGGGACGGCUACUCACCUGAUAUGUGGGAAACUCAGGUGGCGGCAGGCAUCUCAGGAUUGGAGGAGGAGGAGUGGGGCGCGUCACCCCCGCCGGAUGAGGUGGACCCCGAGAAGUGGCUGGAGCUGGUGGUGGCAGUGGACAGAACCGUCAUCGCCUUCCACGGGGAUGAGGCAGUGGAGCGUUACGUCUUCACCCUCUUCAAUAUCGUGAGCGCUAUCUACGAGGACCCGUCACUCGCUGCCAACCUGCACCUUGUCAUGCUGCGGAUCAUCUUCUACAAGGACGCCGCGCAGGACCAGGUGCGUGAGGGGCAGGCGAAGAAAUCCCUGGAGGCAGUAAACAGGUGGGCGGAACGACUGCACCACGUGUCCCCCGCGGCUCUGCGCCACGACCUGGGCGUGUGGCUGACGCGUGUGAACCUUGGGGGCCCAUCCGGGUACGCACCUGUGUCCGGCGUGUGUCAGCCGGAGAGGUCGUGCACCCUCAACAGGGACGAGGGUCUCACCUCCGCCUUCAUCAUCGCCCACGAGAUGGCGCACGUCUUGGGCAUGAGCCACGACGGGGACCCCAGUGGCGGGCAACACUGCCACCAGGAGGGCUUCCAGGGCUCCGUGAUGGCUCCCCUCGUCGCCGCCACGUUCAGCAGGUUCCACUGGUCCUCGUGCUCCCGCUCAGAAUACCACACCAAGUCCAAAAAUUGGUCUUGCUUAACAAACAGGCCGCAAUGGGAGAACGCGACCACCGUGCACUCCACCAUCCACUACCAGUACUCCCUCGAUGACCAGUGCAGGAUGGAGUUCGGCGAGGGUAAGUGUGUGUGCGUGUGGCAGGUACGGGCUGUGGCUCCGAGAUUGGCCGGAACGGACCCUUGUACCCACCUGUGGUGCAGCAACUCCUCGCUGCCCUUCCAUUGCAAGACCAAGAAGGGCCCGCCGCUGGAGGGAACCGUCUGUGGGGAGCAGAAGUCACUCAUGGUGUCGCCACGGGUUCUGCGUGGCGAUGGGGCAGGAGCUGGAGGAAAGAGAGCGGAGAGUCCCCCCGUCAGACACAACCCUCGUGACGGUGGCUGGAACGACUGGGGGAGUUGGGGUCCCUGCUCCAGAACCUGCGGCGUCGGUGUGGCCUUCAGGACCCGCCAGUGUGACAACCCCAAGCCAGCGUGGGGCGGGAGGCGGUGUCGCGGCAAGAGGGAAGAGUGGAGGCUGUGCGGGACCGAGGACUGCCCGCUGCCCCGCAUCGACUUACGGGCCCAGCAGUGCUCCAUCCUCACCAGCAUGGUGAACCUGGACUCCCGCCGCGCUGCCCUCAGGUGGCAACCCUACGAACCAAGGAGAAGGAGGAAGCGGUGCCGCAUCUCCUGCUACAGCCACGGCACCAAUGAAGUCUACAUAGGGAGGGACUACGUGGUGGACGGCACUCCCUGUUCUUACGACGAGCCAGAUGACAUUUGUGUGCAGGGCAAGUGUGUGGCGCUGGGCUGCGACAAGGUGGUGGGGUCAGAGGUGCGGGUGGACGAGUGUGGGGUGUGUGGCGGGGACGGGGCCACCUGCUCCAGACACACCCACACCUACCAGCAGACGCCCGCGACAGAGUACUCCUUGGUGGCCACGCUCCCCGCCGGGCGCCUGGAACAUCGUGGGUGCAGGAGGAGGCGCCCUACAGGAACUUCCUCGCGCUCAGGGACAACUCUUCUUCCUUCACUCUCAACGGCGGCAGGAGUCAGGAGCCCUCCAGGUCCUUCAUCAGUGAAGGUGCCAAGUUCGUGUACACCAACAGUAGGGAGAGGGAGAUGCUACGAGCCCGAGGACCCCUGCUGCAGCCUGUGUCUCAUUCACGGGAGUCGGGCCCAAGAGGAGGUCCAGGUGACCACCACCUUCCUGACACAGCUGCAGCAGGAGCACUACCAGUGGGAGGUGGGGCCCUACACCGCCUGCUCCGUCACCUGCGGCGGGGGUGAGCAACACCAGACUCUGGUGUGCCGGGACCGCCGCACUGACCACCAGGUGUUCCACGACCGCUGCCACCACUUGCCCCGCCCAGCACUCAACACAUCCGUCUGCAACACCUUUGGGUGCGAGGCGCGAUGGGUGGCGGGAUCGUGGGAGCACUGCUCAGCAACCUGCGGGCCGGCGGGCGUGCAGCAGCGCGUUGUGUUCUGCGUCACGCUUCCCGAGGCCUCCUCAGCCAACUGGACUCAGGGCAUCGUUGACCCCCGCAGGUGCAGUGGCACGCCACGCCCCGAGGCGCGCCGCCCCUGCCUGCGCGAUCCUUGCCCCGGCGCCUGGACGCCGCGGGGAUGGUCUGAGUGCUCCAGUACCUGCGGAGAGGGCGUGGAGUCGCGGAUGUGGGAAUGCGUGGGCGGCGGCGGCAACGAGGUGACAUACGAGUGUGGCCCUAUGCCGCGGCAGGAGCGGGUGUGCUUCGGGCCGCCGUGCCCAGCCGCGCCCUGCCUGCGGGACGCCUCGUCCUUCUGCCAGCUGCCGGUGCUCCACAGGUACUGCCAGCUGCCCAAGUACCGCGACCUCUGCUGCCACACCUGCGCCAACGUCGUUUACUAGGUUAGGUUAGCAACGUGCACAUACAUACCUACACACACACACACACACACACACACACACACAUAUGUAGAUGUCAGUAGAUUUGCGUACAUUGGAUACAAAUACACAGAGAAGUAGAUGGACGCAGCAACACACACACACACACACACACACACACACACACACACACACACACACACACACACACACACACACACACACAUACACGUGAUGUAAACCAAAAUAUGUGCAACUCCGUGUUCUUUCUGUAGUCAGGUCAACCCAGUACCUUUUGUGUUCACUGUCCCGCUGCGGUUGUGUGUGCGAGGAAGAGGAGGAGGAGGAGGAGGAGGAGGAGGUGAUGGUGGUGGUGGUGAAGGUGUAAAUAAUGGUGAUGAUAGAAGUAAUAGUGAUGGUAGAUGGUGGAAGAAAUAAAGACAAAGAGGAAAAGGAAGAAAAGAAAUGAGGAUUGUUUGAACGUAGAAUAAAUGAACAAGAAAAGAUAAAGGAGAAGAAAGAGAGGAAUGAGAGGAUCGUUAAGCUAAAAAUGAGAUAGACAAAAGAUAGUAAGGAAAGAAAACAGUGAAGCAGAUACUUAAUGUAAGAAAGAGAGGCGAAAAGAAAGUAAAAGUGAAAAGUAUGAAACACGGGGUCGAGAAAACGAAGAAAAAUUUAGGUGUUUUGUUCCUGUUGCUCCUAAAAUAAGACCACAACCAACACUACAACCACCACCACGGAAAAUGUGGAAUAAUAACUCCUCUUCAUCACAAACAAAACUAUUGCCGCUUAUAAUCUCCAUUUGUGUCGUGAAAUAAUAAACACUAAUAAUAAGAAAAAAAAGAUAAAAACACUUAUCAAUAUUAAAUAGAUAAGAAAGAAAGGAGAAAGUAAUAUACUCGUAAUUAUUAGUGCUGAACAUGAUAAAUAAAGGAGUGAAAAGAAAAAGAAUCAGUGAUAUUGAACAAAUAAGAAUGAAUGAAAACAAAAACUGUUAUUAGUGAAUCGAAAGUAAAAGAAAAAAAAAAAGUCGUGUAUUUUUGUGUCUGAGGUGAAAAAAGAGAGAGAAAAAGAAAAAGAAAACCGAUUCGUAGACUAUUAUACUUAUUUACUAAUAAGUUAAGUGAGCAAGGCAAUGAGUAAGUGGCUGAGUGAGUGCGUGAAUGCAUGCAACAAAGAGCGUUGGUGAUGCUGUAAUGUACGUGUUUGUUUUAGUCAUUCAUCAAGAUCAUUAACGUAUGGUGAUUAUUAUUAUUAUUAUUAUUAUUAUUAUUAUUAUUAUUAUUAUUAUUAUUAUUAUUACCAUCAUUGUUCUUUGUUGUUAUUCCGUGCAGACAUUAUACGUAGUAAUGUGUUCAUGAUACGUUAUAAAGGAAUAUAUUAUGUGCGUUAGCUUUACCGACUCUCUCUCUCUCUCUCUCUCUCUCUCUCUCUCUCUCUCUCUCUCUCUCUCUCUCUCUCUCUCUCUGUAUUUUUGUUUUUAA